CCAAAAUAAACAAGAGUAAUUUUUAAUUUUUAAAUCAAAUAAUGGUGAAAAUGAAGUGUAUAUUAGUGUCCCUUGUGGUGUUUUUGAGUGUUUCAGUUGUCCAAGCACAAUUUGACGACAAAAGAUGCAAAUGCAUUUGUCCAAGCUUAUCAUCAGUCACCAACAAAACAGAAAAAACCCACACAGAAAGGCUGAUGCAAACAACCAACGAUCCACCAAACAAAUGUAACUGCGAGGUUGUAAUGUUACCCAGAGUUGCGGACAAACUAAACGUAAGCGAAAUGCGCGAAUUUUGUCCGAGAUGCGAGUGCAAAUACGAAAAUCGCAAGACCACAAUAAUCCGAUACGUCGUUAUCAUUGUAAUUUGGAUUAUAUCGAUUCUGGUAGUUUACAUGCUCUUUUUAAUCCUACUGGAUCCUUUAUUGAAUAAAAGAGUUAAGGGCAACUAUCAGGAACAUACAAAUGAGGAAGAAGAUGCUCAGCCUGGUCCGAUGUCUCACAACAUGAGUGCCAGAGGCAACGUAUUGAAUAGAGUGAGCAAUCAGCAAGAUAAGUGGAAGAGGCAAGUGAAGGAACAAAGACGCAACAUCUACGAUAGGCAUACAAUGCUAAAUUGAAUUUCUAUUUAUAGUAGUAGCAGGUUUUAAGGCAUUAUUUCUGUAAAUAUAUUUAGUUCAAGUCUUCAAACAACCUUAUAAUUAUUAUAAAACAUUCAUUAAAUUAUUUGAGGAGAUUACAAUAAAAUACUACUAAUAAUAUUAUUAAUUUGAUUUGCAGGAUGCCUCAUAUUCUCAGUUGAAAUUAAUCUCUUUUUUAAUAGUC